AUGGAGGAGGAGGACGGGGGCGGCAACGGCGGCAGUGACGGGGGGACGAGCAUCCACGUGACGGCGCUGGACGGGAUCGUGAACGUGAACUCGCUCUUCACGCUGGGCGUCUUCGUGGGGCUGGCGUGGAACCCCGCCGAUCCCGGGGGGAGCCUGGCCAGGGCGGUAUGCGCCGCCGGCAACGGGACAGCGGAGGACAUGGUGUCCUUCCACGUCUACUCCUUCAGCGCCUUCCUCUUCUCCAGCCUGGUCGCCCUGUGCCUGAAGCAGACCAUCCGCCUCGUCCUGCGGAGGAAUGGCCUCCACAUCCGCCGCUCCGUCUGGUGGGGGGAGCACGCGUGGGGAGCCGAGCGCGUGAACAAGGCGCUGCUCCGGACCGGGAUCAUGCUCUCCGCCGCCGGAUCAAUGUUUGGCUGCGGAUUCCUGAUGCUGGCGCUGGUGAACGUCGUCCAGAUCAAGCUCGGGAAGCUCGGCUGCGCCGCGGCCAGCGCGGGGGCCAUCGUGCCGCUCGUGAUCCUCGUCCCCACCGCCAUGCUCAUCUACGUCUCCGUCGUCUUCUACGCCUUCACCCGCUGA